AUGAAUAAUCAAAAUAGUAGAACCAUGCAACAGGGGAAUGAAACCAAGGAAAAGAAGUCAUACAACAAGAAAGAAAACGAAAUUAUCAACCAUGGGAUAAAUUACUCAUUGACAAACGACCAUCAUGAUAAUAAUUUCAAAAAAUAUUUUUAUAUCAGAAGCAUAAGAACUGAUGGGAAUUGCCUAUUUAGGGCAGUAGCGGAUCAACUAUACAACAAUGAAGAUAAUUAUAAGGAGAUAAGAAAACUAGUGGUUAGCUACUUGCAGAGGAACGAAGAAAAAUAUAAGCAUUUCAUUGAACACGAUGAGAGUUACAAAUCAUACAUUCAAAGAAUAAGUUUGGACGGAACCUGGGGGGGUCAGCUGGAGCUUCAAGCUGUGGGAGAAUUGUUCACUGUGAAUAUCCUAAUCUACCAAGAAAACGGAUGUAUAUUAGAAAUCAAAAAUCACAGUGAUGAUAAAAAGUGCAUACAGUUGCAUUAUGCGUCAAGUGAGCAUUACAAUAGUGUAAGAUUUAAAAGUAUGGAUCUAGAAAAUGAACUCAAGACGAUCGUGGAAUUACGUGAAAUAUUAAACAACAAAGACGACAACGAGUCAACAAAAACGUUUUAUGAAACGACAGAGAAUGAAUUGACUGAAGACAAUGAUGAUGAUUUAUCAGACCACAGUAGUAAGGAGAAAAAUAAAGUUGGAAGAUGGGAAGAUGAGAAGGAGCACACACACAACAGCUCAACAGAGGAUGAUUUUCUCUUAGAUGAUUAUUUAAACUCGAAAAGUAGAAUUAGUGUAUUUUCCUUAAGUGAUGAUGAAAAUGAGCCUUCCUCAUUUGAUAUACUGCAGAACAUACAUAAUGUUAUUAAACGGAAAAGAAUAAGGAGUAGGAGCAUGCCGAAUAUUAAUGAAAGAUUUCUUUAUUUUUUUUCAAAAAAACAAAGGAAUGAUAACAUGGAAAGUGAUAGUACUAUAGAUUUAUUAAAUGAAAAAAAAAAUUUUGGUAAAAAAAAAGCCCAGAAAAAUGAAAAAAGAAAAUUAAAUUUUUUCAAGUAUAAAUACAUUGGAAAGAAUCUUGACGAGUUGUUGAGUGAGCGCCUAUCUGCAAACUCCUCCACUGCAACUGCCAUUGCUACAACCACCGCUACUCCUCCAUGCAUUGAGGGGAAUGAAAUCGUUCGUAUUUACUACAAUAAGGCCUUUUAUCAAUACUUGCACUGCCCAAAAAUAUUGGAGGAGGAAGAGAACGAACAGGAGCAGCAUGAACCGAAUGAUAAGGAAUUCCAUUUUUGCAUGCCUCGAUAUAUUUACAACAAUGGACAAUACAGUUCUGAUGGAUGUAAAAAUCACAACAACAAGAUCAAUGUGCAUGGAUAUUACAAAAAGGAGAUGCACAAAAAUAUCGCACCAAAUGAAGGAGGUAAUCAGAAUGCAGUUCAGAGUGAUGAUAAUGCACUGUAUAAGUCGCGGAAAUAUCUGAACACGUCAGGCAGAAAGGGAUACAUAUCAAAUUAUGAAGUAGAAAACAAUUUUAAAAAUACAAGAAAAAAAAAAUUUGACGAUUUUAUAAAUCUUUACAGUGAAAAAAUUUCUUAUAAUGCACAUUCCUUUUGUAAAAGUGCGUACGCUCAUGACACCGAGGUAUUUUAUGCAGAAGGAUUAGUGGGAUUAGGAAGCAAGAAGAAGCACGAUCAGAGGGAGGAGAACUGUCAGAGGGACCAGGACAAAGGUUAUGGUUACUUAAACUCCGAUUAUGCACAAAGCUUAUCGAUAAAUAAAACUAUAAGCAGCAAUGAAGAACUUAAUGCACCUUCUUUAUAUUUUGACAAAGGCUCAGAUAGCCUCGAACUGCAACCAGAUUUGCAACAAGAUUUUUAUGAUAAAGCACAUGAUGCAAGUUAUGUAAUCAAACUGGAUGAAGACAACAAAUUCCCUAUACACUGCAGUAAUAGUGGGGAGAAAAAUUUUUUCAAUUCAAGGAAAAAAAAUUUCGACAUUUUCAACAUUAUAAUUGAUGAAGAGUAUGGAAUAACUGUGGAUAGCAACAUGUUAUGUGCACGUAUCGGAAGUAAGUACAUGAGUCUUGAUUCCACCAACCAGAAGAACAAGAAGAAAAAUAAAAAAGAAAAUCCAUGGGAAGGAGUAUUAUCAUCUUUUGAUGAAAAAGAAAGAACUUAUGUGUCUAAUAAUGUUACCACCGCUUGUAGAAGUUCCCAAACGAUUGCAGGAGUUAGAACUGUUUCCACUUCUCUCAUAAAUAGACAAAACCAUGAGAUUACUCACAUGACUAACUGCAGUAUUAGGAAUAUUCCAGAGAGGAAUUAUCCAAAUGGACAUGGAAUUAGUUCGACAGUAAUGCAUGUGAUGAAUGGAGAUGUACUCACAAAUGGAGGAAUUAAUUCAAGAGAAUUUUUCUUGAAGAAGAAAUAUCAAAAUAAAAAAUUCAUUAACAUGUUUUCAAAAGACAUUCAAUGGAAAGGUCUGUUUCAGUUUCUAAAUGCUGAUUUUUUACUGAAUGAAGAUAAAAUUAAAUAUAUAAUUUCGUUUUUAUUUAACAACAAACAGAUGAAUAUUUUUAAAAAUAAUCUGAAUAGGAAUGAUUUCCACUUUUACGAACAUAUAGCUUUUUCUUUCAAUUUGAAUAGGCAAAAAUUAAGGAAUAAAAUCGAAUGUUCAAAGGUGUUAAAUGAGGAAUUUCUCAUAAAGGAAAAACACAAAUAUAGAAAAUUCAUAAAAAGUCCCAAAACCAAAACGACAAUUCCUAUGAACAAGGAGCAGAAGAACCCGGUGAAAAUUAUUUCCAUUUAG